AUUCAUUGGUGCCGCGGCUUUGUUUGCAAUUACUCGCUUGAUUACGUUUCAAACGAUAAACUUUUACUGUAGUGCACUUUUAUUCAGCGGUAGCGACUUUUGAGAAUUUAGUUUAAGACGCAGAGCAGCUGUGAGCGGUCGUUUGAAGAAAAAAGUUUCAGAGAUCUGAGUUUUGAGUUCUACUAAAGUAUUUAAAGUACUUUUUAGUUGCCCAAAAUGUGUCGCAGUUUAUUGCUGCUGCUUUUGUUGCCGCUAGUCGGCUGUUUGGCCGCCAAGAACGCCGCAUCGAAGGUAGUUUGCAGAGAUGAGGAUGGCGCGCCAGUAGAUUGGUUCUACUUGUACAAACUGCCGCGCAUACACAGCCAAUACGGCUCCAGACGCAACAGCAGCGGCUUCAACUAUCUGUACAUAUCGAACAACAACUACGAUGCCUGGCGCUUGUCCACGCACGAAGUCACCUCCACCGCAUCCAUGCCGGGCAAACUGCUACAACCGCUCUUCGAUGACGAGCGCGUGCUGAUUGUCGCCUACAACGAUCAGAAGCCCAACAGCAAUUCGAGCACACCGAAAGCGCACGCUAAAGGCUUGCUCGCCACCGAUGGCGAAUCGGCAGUGUGGCUGGUGCAUUCAGUGCCACGUUACCCGGACAUACCAGUUUACAAAUAUCCCCUCACAGGUGGACGCUAUGGACAGAGCUUUCUGUGCAUGUCCCUGCUAGCUAGCGAAGUGGAUAAGGUGGCUACACAGCUGCGUUUAAUGGUGCCGCUCAUCUACUAUACGCGCACCCCGGAAGCGGUUCUCUCACACUUUCCCGUCUUGCAGCAGGUAGUGCAGGGUAAGUGGCAAAAAGAGGCGCCCUUUCAGAAUAAAGUCAAGUUGGAGACAGUAGCGGGCACAAAAUUCAAAUCGUUUGCGAAGAGCGGCAAAGAGGUAACGGAAUUGUAUGAGGAUGUUAUAGCGCCGGCGUUGGAUGUCAAUUUGCUAGUGGAGACUUGGCGCAAUGGCGGUGGCAAUUUGGCAACGAAUUGCACGAAGAGUGAUAAGGUCUUCAAUAUAGAAGAAAUCAAAGAGCAAGCUCUACAAAUCUCAUUUACCACCAAUUCCGAUCACUCCAAAUGGGCCGUGUCUCAGGAGAGCGGUUUGAAGCUCUGGCGCUGGCGUGUUGGCGGCGCCGAUUGGAUUUGCGUGGGCGACAUUAAUCGACAGCACGAUCAGCUGGUGCGCGGUGGUGGUAGCGUCUGUCAGAAAAACAGCAAAGUAGCACAGCUCUACAGACAGCUAAUACAAGGAUAUGAACCAUGUCCGAGAGAUGGAAAUGCGAAAAAUAGAAAGCGUGAGAGGGAUGAGAAAAAAUAGAUUAUAAGCGAAAGUAUCAGUACAAACAUACAUACAUACAUACAUAUAAUUUGUACAUUAGUUCUAAAUGAUUUUCUACUAAACAAAAAGUAAAAGAUUUUACAUAUAUAAAAAAAAAUUGCUACUGACUGUUUAUGCAUAUCCUCAAUGCGAUUCCUCCAGCCUUAUGCCCAGUUUCACCGGGGCAGAUACACUGCUGGCAGAAAUAAUAGACCCGCCUUAUUUUGAU